AUGGCACGGGGGAAGGUGGUGUGGGCAGCAGCAGCCAGUGUUGGUGGUGAAGGAUUUGACCACGUGUCCUUCUCUAACUGCACGUCAACAGGCCCCAGUGGUGGCGCUAUAGCUGUUUUAGAAGCUGCUACAUCCGCUGCUACAACCCUGGUUGCUACAGCCGCGACCAUCAGCAGCAGCAGGGUGUGGGGCGGGGGCAUGGGCGGGGGCAUGUACGUGGGAGCAGGGGCGAGAGUGUCUCUAAAAGGAGUGGGCUUUGAAGGGUGUUACACGGAGAGGGAGGAGGGCGUGGCAGGGGGGUAUGGCGGGUGCAUUGCUUCCUUUUCAGCGGCCAACCUCACCAUUGAAGAUUCGAGCUUCACUGGGUGCAAGUCCAUGGCAGGAGGGGCUAUAAACGAGUUCAACUCCUCAACCACCAUCGCCAGCACCACCUUCACCGCCUGCACGGCCGACCAGGGCGCUGACUUCUCAGUCUUCCCCGCAGGAGGCGCCAUUCUCUUCAACGCCUCCCUGCACAUGCACAUCCGGGACUCCUCCUUCCGCCGCUGCGCCUCGACUCUGACUGGCGGGGCGAUCAGUGUGCAAUCGGCCGUGGCGCCGCUGACAGUCACAGGGAGUGUGUUCGAGGAGAACCAGGCGUUCAUGCAGGGGGGGUGCCUCGAGCUUAUCAUGCUGCCGGGGGUCACGGAGAUUCUCGACUGUCAAUUCAUUAACAACGUAGUGACCAACGUGCCAUCCUUCGCAGCAGCAGUGGUGUCGUACGGUGCAGCCCUCACAGUGCGCGCCUGCCUCUUCCAAGGGAACGUUGCCACGCCCACCCCUGCGGGCGACGGCACUGCAGCCGCCACGUACCUGUCGCAGGGAGCGGCGCUGAUGGUCUUUGCUUUCAUGGACCCUUUGUUCCCGAUUACCAUCGAUGACUCCACCUUCAGAAACAACUCGGCCGGGCAGGGGGCUGCGGUGUAUCUGGAUGCGGGCAACGUGACUGUAACGAAUUGCUCCUUUAUAGAAAACGGCGACCAUGGAAAUUCCAAGCUCGGUGGAGCCAUGGUUUCUCGCGCCACCACCGCCCUCACCAACUGCACGUUCCACGGCAACAGGGCGGCCAGUCAGGGAGGGGCGCUGCACUUCAUGCCGUACGGCCCGCUCACCAUCACCAACUGCUCCUUCUCCAACAACUCGGUGCUACUGGCUCAAGGCGGCGCAAUCAACGUCUACCCGGGCCUGUCACCUGUCGACAUAACCGGGAGCCGCUUUGAGGGCAACAGGGCGGGGCUAUCCCGGGGAGGUGCUAUCUACAGCGAGAGCACUGAAAUGGUUUUCACUGACGUGGUCUUCCAGGGGAACGAGGCAGGCUUACAAGGCGGGGCUGUCACAGCCUAUGGAGCAGAAUCCGAAGGCAGGCCCGCCACAGUGACCUUCACCAGAUGCACCUUCCAGGGCAACCGGGCGGCGCUGGGGGGAGGUGCUAUCUACUCGGGGCUGAGCGUGGGCAUGCGCAUGGAGGGGAGCCGCAUCGAGGAGAACGAGAGCGCUGGCACAGGAGGGGGCGUUUUGGUGCAGGAGUUUUCCAGAGUGACUAUGAUGGAUUGUGACUGCAUGACCAACAGCGAAGGCGGCGCCGCCCGCAUCAGCGGCGCAGCCACUCUCUCUCUGCUCUCCUGCAACGUCUCUCACAACACCGCCCCCUGGGGAGGCGCCGUGUGGGUGGAAAUGGAAGGAAGGCUACAGGCUGUAAACAGCACGGUGUUUUCUGGUAACCGCGCGGACUACAUGGGGGGCGUGGUGUACGCGACGCAUGUAUCCGAUGUGACUGUAUCGAAUAGUUCUUUUCUCGGGAAUUACGCGCUGCACGGAGGUGCGAUCGCGGCUGAAGCGGAGGCGAAUGUAUCGGCAGUCGACUCGGCAUUUUCUGGGAAUGUGGUGUCGGCGGUGCUGCUGCAGGGGUUGGCAGAUGGGCGCUUUACUAGAUGUACCUUCUCCCGCAACAGGAACCCGUCCGGGACAGGUGGCGCGCUGCGAUUGGCCGACGGGGUCGCUGCGGUGGUGGAGGGGAGCAGGUUCGAGGGGAACGUGGCUGAGCUGGGCGGAGGCUUGGCGGUGGAUGGACAGGCUCGGUUGGUCCUGACCUCAGGUUCAGAAUUCAGUGGGAAUUCGGCGCAGGUGGGAGCAGGGGCGGCGUUUGUAGGGACGGCGGUUGUGAAUGUAUCGGGAUGUGCUUUUAAGGGGAACAAUGCGAGUGUAGCCGGUGGAGGCGUGGCUGUGUUAGAGCAGGCGUCAGGGGGGGUGGGGGGGAGCGAGUUCAGUGGGAACUAUGCGGUGCUGGGCGGUGCAGGUGUGUACGUGCUGCGCUCGCCCCUGGGGGCCUCAGAGGACGGCGGAACAGCAGGAGCAGCAGGGGCCACUGGGACUGCUGCUGGCUCAGGUGAAAAUUCAGGUGGGGGUAAAGGCCGCCAGUUACAGCAGCAGCAGGGGCAGCAGCAGCAGCAGCAGCAAGGGGUGGGAGAGCAGGGGCCGGGGCGGCUGGUGGUGCGGCAGCUGAGCUUUGAGGGCAACAGUGCGCUGUACCGGCAGGCAGCGGCUUUCUUUGAGGCCACCACUCACCACCAGCUGCGCUCGCUCUGUGAGGGGUGUGCGUUCCGAGGGGCGGGGGACACCCAAGGCACCAUGCCUGCUGGCUUCUCCAUUAAGUGGCCGGGUCUAGAAGAGAAUUCCAGUGAGAGGCCCGGGUGGCCGGGCAGGGAGGAGGACUCCAGCGUGGUGAACGCGAGGGGGGAAACCUUUGUGGUGCGGGCUGCGGUUGGGUCACGCAUAGAGGGGCUGCAGGUUCUUGUCUUGGAUGCGUUGAACCAGAGCGUGGCGCAGGACAGCACGUCGCUGGCUGCUGUGUCGCCUGACAGCAGGAUUAGUGGCGACCUGAGGGGCACUGCCGCCAAUGGCGUUAUCACCAUCCCCUCCAUCGGCAUCCAGGUAACACCAGAGGAAGCCCAAUCCUUCGAGGUCACGGUGACCCUGUCUUCGCCCGCCAAUGCCUUCCCCCCCGUCACCCGCGCCUUCAACAUUUCCUUCUGCUCCGCGGGCGAGUUCCUCACCGCCACCUCACUCACGUGCCAGGACUGCUUGGUUGGCCACUGGUGUGAAGCAGGGCAGCCCAUGCAGCCCUGCCCUGACGGCUUCUUCUCCUUCUACCCGCGAUCCACUUCCCCCUCCCAAUGCACCGCCUGCACUGAUGACAACCUCGACUGCACCGACGGCAUCCUCACCGUGGGCUACCAGAGCUGGCUGGACCUGCAGUCGCUGAAUAACACCCCCACGACGUACAGCUGUCUGGUGGCGGAUGGGUGUGUGGGGUACGAGUACAACCAGCAGUGGGGGCAGACGACUGCUCAAGGAGUCAUGGUGCAGUGCCAAGAGGGCUACGACGAGUCUAUCCCCACGUGUGCGGGCUGUGUGGAUGGCUACUUCCUAGUGCUGCAGCAGUGCACUCAGUGCAGCAGUGCUCUCACAAGGGUCUUCCCGCUCCUCCUCAUCCUGGUGAUCUUGGCAUGGGUGGGAAUGAACAUUCUGGCCGACACAUUCAGCAGCAUGGACAUCUUUCUCAACGAUGUGCAGCUGCUAGUCAUGAUCGCGUCCUUCAACCUCAACUACCCCGACCGCUGGGUGCAGACGCUCGUGAAGAUCUACAACUUUGCAGUUUUUGACCCGGACGCCAUCGGCCCGCAGUGCAUAUUCAACUACACCUUCAUCUCCAAGUUCUACCUGGGCAUCUUCAUCCCCGUUAUAGGCCUCUUCGUUUAUGCGCUGCUGUACGCGCGGCACCGCUGGUGGGGCGGCACGACGUGGUCGCACAUCUACUCGUGGACCCGCGGGCCCAACCCGCAGGCGCGGCUCAUGCGCUCCGUGACGCGGCGGAGAGCUUAUAACGAGUAUGAGAACUCCAUCGUGCACGCGUCGCUCAAGUGGCUGGACCUGUGCUACGUGUCCGUGAUGGUCCGCGUGCUAUCCGUGUACAAGUCAAUGACAGUAGGGGAGGCAGUGCUAAUGGCAGCAGCACCACAAAUCGCAUGGUUCUCAUCAGCCCACAUCGCCAUGUUCACUGUAUCGCUGCUCGUCUCCAUCAUCUACCUGCUGGGCCUACCCCUCUUCUUCGCAUUCCUGCUGCUCGACGCACACGCCUCCGAUGCCCUCUCCUCCAACCUCUUCCGCCAGAGAUUCGGGUGGCUCACGGAGCGGUACAAGCGCGAAUUCUGGUGGUGGCAUCUGGUGACAAUGGUGCUGCGCCUGGUUCACGCCCUGGUUCUCGUGUUCUGGUGUGCUGGUGUUCCUGUAGCAAGUCACUUGACUCAUCUCAACGCUCUGUGCCAUCUCCCCUGUCUCUUGCCCCACCACUCAAGGUGGCAUCUGGUGACAAUGGUGCUGCGCCUGGUUCACGCCCUGGUUCUCGUGUUCCUGCAGCAAGACACUCGCGCGCAGAUCGUGAUAAUUUUGCUAUUACAAGCAUUAAGGAUCGGCUCGCAGUACAAGUCCUCGCCGCUCGCCUCGCUCUCCCUCGAUUAUCUCCAAGCCUUCCUAUCCCUGGGCCACUUCUUCUUCACGCUCGGCCUGCUCUGCUUCAACUACAUCAAACUCCCCGCCUUCUCCCAGGCCGUCUUCGCCCUCUCCUCUCUCCUCAUCCUCACUCCUGCCGCCUUCUCUCUUGUCUUCGAGGCAAUCAACAAGGACUUAGAAAUUGUGAAUCGGCAGCUGUUGAACCGAGUCUGGAAGGGCGAGCGGAGGAGAAAUAAAGCUAAGUAUGACAAAAUGGACCCGUAUGAAUUAGUCCAGCCGCAGGAGAUUUCCGCGUGGUUCCGCCCGCACGUCAUCUUCCCGCUGCUCUUAGCUAAGCGCGCGCACGAGCGGAAGCUUUUGCUGAAAGUCCGCGACCGCGUGCAGACGUGUAAGCUGGCGGGAAUGGCGCCGGUCGAUUGGGUGAGUCAUCUGAACAAGCCGCAGUUAUACGCUGUGUUGAAGAGGCACGUGAGUUGGGCGUCCUAUGACAGCAGCAGCAGGGACUUCGACGGCAGCGCCUCCGGCCGAAACGCCGCUGCCGCCGCCGCUGCUGCCGCCGCUGCCGCAGCUGCUGGGUCUUCACCUGGCAUGUCUCCGUUCGCGCCCGCAACAGGGACUCCUAGUGGGGCAGGUCUCGCAAUGUCCCCCCUUUCUGGCAUGUCGCCCAUUCAUGGCAUGUCACCACUCUCAGGAGCGAAUAGUGCUCUGCCUUCCAGCACAGUGCAGGGCAUGCAUGGUGCUGCUGGUGCUGCUGGUGCUUCUGCUGGUGCUUCUGGUGGUGCUUCUGGUGGUGCUUCUGGUGCUUCUGGUGGUGCUUCUGGUGCUUCUGGUGGUGCUUCUGGUGCUUCUGGUGGUGCUUCUGGUGCUUCUGGUGGUGCUUCUGGUGGUGCUUCUGGUGGUGCUUCUGGUGGUGCUUCUGGUGGUGCUUCUGGUGGUGCUGGUGGAGGGUCGCCCAUACACGGGGUGUCGUCGUCGCCCUCGCUGGCGUUGCAUGGCAUGUCGCCGCUUGCCCCGGCGGCAGCAGGAGGGCCGGGCGCGUCCCCUCUGUCCCGUGUCUCGGGUCCUGGAACAGACGUGGAGGGAGGAGGAGGAGGGGGAGGGGAGUCCCCCCUCUCAUGGGCACUGCAAGGGGGGAGAGGAGAAGUGGUGGGAGGGGGAGGAGGAGUAGCAGGAGAAGGGGCAGGAGGAGGAGGGGAGGGAGGGGCAGGUGGGGGCCCAGGAGGAGGGGCAGGAGGGGGAGGGGACAUGGAGAAUGGAGGGAUGGGGCAAGCGAGGACAGAGAGCAUCAAGGUGCAGGGGUUGGUGUCGUGGGCACAGGCAGGCGGCGGGGCGGCUGGGGCUGGGGAGAAAUUCGAGAGGCUGGGAGGUGAUGGCAGAGGAGGAAGAGACAGAGGCGGGAUCGAGGUUCAAAGAGAGGAAGAGGGAGGAGUGGAAGGAGCAGGGGAAGGAGAAGCAGGAGGAGGAAAUGGAGCAGGAGAGGGGGGCGGGGUGGAGUAUGUGGAGGCAAAGAUGAACAUGGCGGAGCUGACUCUCACCUUCCAGCGCCACCUCUCUGUGCUCGUGCGCGCCGAGAAGACCAAGAAGGACGGGUCGCUGCGCCUGCUGCUGCAGUCCGAGUGCAUCCCGGACAUUCUGAGCUGGCUCACGAGUUCAGACUGCGCCCAGGCCGAUCAGAUGCUGCUGAGGGAGUUGGUGCUUGCAGUGCGAGUAGCAGCAUUGGAGGAGACCGGAGGGCUGGACUGGUUCCGUGGCGUGCGGUGCUUCUACCGCAACCGAUUCUCAUUCAUUAACAAGGGGGGGAGCAAGGUGAAGGGGGGAAAAGGUGGGGGAAUAGGCAAGGGGUUGCAGGGGAGAACGGGUGAAGGGGAGAACGGUGGGGCUGGUGAGGGAAGCAGCCAGGUUAGGGGCCUUCUGGGGUGGUUUCAAAGAGGCGAGAAGCAGACAGCUGCUGGUGGUGCUGCUGAUGGUGCUGAUGCUGCUCCCUCCUCUGGUGGCUAUGGCAGCAAGGGGAACCUGCUUUGA